AUGACGAUGGCAACCGUUGAGUUCUUAUACCUUCUCUUUCUUCCAGGUGCUCUUCUUUCUAUUGACCCCGUCUGCCUCGAGGAAAGGAAAAAGGCAGAGAACAUGGGGGCGCACAGCCUGAGAGAGUGUUAUCAGGACUUGGUGACCUUUGAUGAUGUGGCUGUGUACUUCACCCAAGAGGAGUGGGUUAUACUGGAUCAAACUCAGAGAGGCCUCUACAGGGAGAUGAUGCUGGAGAACUACCAGAACCUGUUCUCAGCAGGCUGUGAGGUCAUCAAACCCAAUCUGAUCUUCUGGUUGGAGAAAGAAGAUUUGCAGACUGUGGAAAGAGGCUUUCAGGAAUGGGAAAUGCAAAAUACAUUGAAGGAAGAAACUUCCAAUAUGGUGCAAAUGGUAAGUUUAACUAAGGAUGUUUAUUAG